CUUGCACACAAGCACAGAUAGAGAUAUCAUAUCAGUAUAGCAACAUUUUGCACCUCUUUGUAGCUCAUAGUGAGUGAGCUUAUUAGUAUGACGAUAGCUUGAUAGAAUCCCAUUUCCCAUAUGAUGAUUAGAUAGUAGCACUUUCAAGAAGGUAAAGAAAAAAAUUGUAGCAAGUGUCACUCACCUUUCCAAAGUUUGUGCAACUAAGUUGAUAUUGACAAAUAAAAUGCAGGCUGGGAUGUUAUUUGUAUUCUAUAUUGAAUAUUUAUUUUUUCAUCAUGUAACGGGCAUUCACUUGUCUGUGCAUGCAUACAUACAUACAUUCAUACAUAUUACAUAUAACCAAUUACUUCCCAGAUACAUUUUGUUACUUUUGUUAGUUUCUUUAACUUGUUUAUUUUUGCAAUGGUGCUUCUUGUCUAAGCAGAUGUAUGCUUAGUUUAUGAUAACCCAGUGGCACUGAAGAGAGAAGAUACAAAAUGGACGCAAGGUCGGGAUAUAUGGUGGCAGGAUGUUAUUCCUAAAUAUCCAAGUACUUGCCCAGUGGAGUGGGUUGAUGCCGAGGAUCCACUUUUUCUACUCUAUACAAGUGGAAGCACUGGAAAACCUAAGGGUGUCCUCCAUACCACCGGUGGUUACAUGGUAUACACUGCCACAACAUUCAAGUACGCAUUUGACUACAAACCAUCCGACAUCUACUGGUGUACGGCUGAUUGUGGUUGGAUUACUGGGCACAGCUAUGUCACUUAUGGACCCUUGCUCAAUGGUGCAACUGUUUUAGUGUAUGAAGGGGCUCCUAAUUAUCCUGAUGCUGGGCGCUGCUGGGACAUUGUUGACAAAUAUAAAGUGUCAAUAUUCUACACUGCCCCCACAUUGGUGCGGUCUCUCAUGCGUGAUGGUGAAGCGUACGUUACCCGAUACUCAAGGAAAUCUUUACGGGUUUUGGGCAGUGUGGGCGAGCCCAUAAAUCCAAGUGCAUGGAGGUGGUUUUACAAUGUAGUCGGAGAUUCAAGGUGCCCUAUCUCGGAUACUUGGUGGCAAACAGAAACUGGUGGCUUCAUGAUAACUCCACUACCAGGUGCUUGGGCCCAAAAGCCUGGUUCUGCAACUUUCCCUUUCUUUGGAAUUCAGCCUGUGAUAGUGGAUGAGAAAGGAGUUGAAAUAGAUGGUGAGUGCAGUGGUUACUUGUGCAUUAAGAAGUCUUGGCCUGGGGCAUUCCGAACUCUAUAUGGUGAUCAUGAAAGAUAUGAAACAACAUAUUUCAAGCCAUUUGCUGGUUACUAUUUCAGUGGUGAUGGCUGCAGAAGGGAUAAAGAUGGAUACCAUUGGCUCACAGGAAGAGUGGAUGAUGUCAUCAAUGUCAGCGGACACCGUAUUGGCACAGCUGAAGUGGAAUCAGCUUUAGUGUCACAUCCUCAAUGUGCAGAGGCUGCUGUUGUCGGUGUCGAGCAUGAGGUCAAAGGUCAGGGUAUCUAUGCAUUUGUAACGCUUGUGGACAGUGUUCCUUACAGUGAAGACUUACGAAAGGACCUUAUACUCACAGUUCGAAAGCAGAUAGGAGCGUUCGCCGCACCCGACAAAAUCCAUUGGGCGCCCGGCCUCCCGAAGACCAGGAGCGGAAAGAUAAUGAGAAGAAUUCUUCGAAAAAUCGCCGCCAGGCAACUGGAUGAACUUGGGGAUACAAGCACCCUUGCAGAUCCAAAUGUGGUCAAGCAACUUAUAGAACUUUCUGAUUCCUGAAGUCCCCAAAACUAUGUAAUAUUAAAGGUACAUUACCAAUUAGAGGCUUAUCUGUUGAAGCUAAUAGUCGUAGUCAGAAGACAAUUUUUUCCUUCUAGAUCUGUAGACUCGAGACUCAAGACUCAAGUCCCAUCUUCUUGGACUGCGGAAUGCUUGUUCGAGUGAUGGAUACCACCAAAAGAUUUAGUCGCUCACAAAAAGUCUUUGAAAGAUGUUAUUGAUAAAAUAACUCUUGAAUGAUUUGAAAA